AUGGGAUGGAUAUGGUAUUGGUAUAAUGAUCAGAUUUGGAUUCCAUUUGAUCAAAAGGCAAUCGAUGGCUUUGAACAAGAACAUGCCAAAGGAAGUAAAACAAUCAAAGUAGAUGGUCAAAGAUAUUUAGAUCUUACUCUUUCUUAUACUGAUAUUGUAUCAAACUUUAAUUCAAUUACAGAUAAAGAUUUGAUAGGCAUACAAAGAAGAUAUGAUGAUCCAAUGAAAAGACGUGCUGUCAAGAGAACAUUGGUAGCAGACGACUUUUUCAAAGGUAUUCGUUUCUGCAGCUAUCAAUCCUAUCUUGGCACUUCAAAGUCUUCCAAAGAAUACCUUGCAAUCGUCGAUGAGAUUAGAGAGUACAAGGGUAAAAUUUCAACUUCAAUCACUGGAAAGGUCAAGGUUGAUUAUGUAUUAUAUUCAAAGAGUGAUGUAACUCCAACAGACGAGGCAGAGUUUAAUAAAUAUUUGUCGGCUGUUGAAGGAUACAAUUCAGAGCCUGUAUUGGAAGAGUUUGUAGCUGCAUGUGUCAAGGCUAAAAAGGUGGUCGACACUACACCAUUCCUUGUUAAAAAGAAAAAAUUGGCACCUGUAAAGAAAUCAUCCUCCAAUUUGAAAUCAGCUGUUGCUGCUGCUCCUGUAACUGUAGCUGCUGUUGCACCACCAACUACAACUACUACAACAAGUAAAAGUAAAACAACAACAGCUGCACCAGCAAAAGAUACAUCAUCUAAAUCGAAAUCAAAAAAGACAGCAGAUGGAGCUUAUUUCUUGGGAGAGAGUGAAUGGAUGGGUGUAUGCAAAUCUGAUGACGACGUUUAUCCAAUGACUAUCAAGGUAGAGUCGGUUGAGGCAGACACCAAGAAUGCAGGAACUAGUAUUGUCAAUGGUACCAUACACUGGCCAACAAUGAGUGAUGCCAUCACUAAAUUCAAGGGUACAUUAAAAGGACAUGAACUCAAGAUGGAAGAAUACGAAUUGGUGCAAGGCAACGACGAUGAGAUUGAAUUGCCCAACAACUAUGAAGCAUCUGUAUACACUGACGAGAUUGAAGGCAAGGUUGACGACAUGACAUUCUCUCUCAAACUGACCAAAUCGCCACCAGUGUCUGUUUUACGUCUCAACUCUGUCUACAAGGGCAAAGCUACACAAUACGACAAUUUUAAGUUGCGUAUUGAAAGUCGUGACACGACCACCACCCAAAUUGUACAUGGAGAGAUUGAAUGGCCCGACUAUGACAAUGCCAUCGCCAUAUUCAAAGGCAAAGUACACGACAAUCACAUUGAAGUACUCAAAUACGAUGAAGGUAAAGUCUUUGGUCCUGAAAUCGCUCAAUGUCCAUUCCUUAUCAAAGUAUCAUAUGACGAUAAAUUAAAACCAAUAUUUACAAUAGAAUUGGACUAA